AUGGGUAAGAGGUGCACGGCGGAUCCGGAGGGGUCUGCUGCCUCGGGGAAGCGGCCGGCAGGGGCCGGGGCGGCUGCUGCAAAAUGUGGAGCCUGUGGCCCAGGAUAUGCAACUCCCCUGGAUGCCAUGAAAGGGCCCCGGGAGGAGAUUGUCUACGUGCCCUGCAUCUACAGGAACACUGGCAAGGACAAGCCUGACUACCUGGCCACUGUGGAUGUGGACCCCAAGUCCCCAAGCUACUGUCAGGUGAUCCAUCGCCUGCCCAUGCCCAACCUGAGGGAUGAGCUCCACCACUCUGGGUGGAAUUCCUGCAGCAGCUGCUUUGGGGAUGCCACAAAGAAGAGGAACCGACUGAUCCUGCCCAGCUUCAUCUCCUCCCGCGUCUACGUGGUGGAUGUGGGGACAGACUCACGAGCUCCCAGACUCCAUAAGAUUGUUGAGCCAGUGGAGCUGUUCUGGAAGGGGAACCUGGCAAAUCCUCACACCUCUCACUGUCUGGGCAGCGGUGACAUCCUGAUCAGCUGCCUGGGAGACCCUGCUGGCAAUGGAAAAGCUGGCUUCAUCCUGCUGGAUGGGGAAACCUUUGAGGUGAAAGGGAACUGGGAGAAAGGGGAGAAGAUGCCCAGCCUGGGCUAUGAUUUCUGGUAUCAACCCCGCCACAACGUCCUGCUGAGCACCGAGUGGGCACCCCCAAAAGUCUUUGCGGAUGGCUUCAACCCAGCUGAUGUGGAGAGAGGGCACUACGGCAGCCACAUCAACGUGUGGGACUGGAGCACCCACCGCUUCACCCAGGCAGUGGACGUGGGGAAGGGCUCCAUCCCGCUGGAGAUUCGCUUCCUCCACAACCCAGACGCUGCAGAGGGCUUCGUCGGCUGUGCUCUGAGCGGAGCUGUGCAGCGCUUCUACAAGACAGAGAAGGGAGACUGGGCAGCAGAAAAGGUGAUUGAAGUCCCCAACAAGAAGGUGAAGGGCUGGCUGCUCCCUGACAUGCCCGGUCUCAUCACUGACAUCCUGAUCUCCCUGGAUGACAGGUUCCUGUACUUCAGCAACUGGCUGCACGGUGACGUCCGCCAGUACGACAUCUCUGACACCCGCAGACCCAGGCUGGUGGGGCAGGUGUUUCUGGGAGGCAGCAUCACUAAAGGUGGGGCUGUGACUGUGGUGGAGGACAAGGAGCUGCAGUGCCAGCCAGAGCCCUUUGUGAUCCAGGGGAAGAAAGUGCCAGGUGGCCCUCAGAUGAUCCAGCUCAGCUUGGAUGGGAAGAGGCUGUAUGUCACCACCUCUCUCUACAGCGGCUGGGACAAGCAGUUCUACCCAGAGCUUGUCAAGCAAGGAUCUGUUAUGCUGCAGAUUGAUGUGGACUCUGACAAAGGUGGCUUGAAAGUGAAUCCAAACUUCCUGGUGGAUUUUGGGAAGGAACCUGAUGGGCCUGUCCUGGCUCACGAGAUUCGCUACCCUGGUGGAGACUGCACCUCUGACAUCUGGCUCUAAGCCUUGCCAGCAGCCCUUUUCUUCUGGGCUUUUCUUGCUUUCCUCCCUCCCUCUUUUCUCCACCCUCCACUCCUCUUUCCUAGAGGUGAACUUGGGUCAUUUGGAACUUUGUCCCCUCUCUCAGUUGAGACUUCCACCAGGCUAAGCCACAGAGGCUCCACUUCCUCCUCGUUCUGAGGCAGCCAAGGGAAUCCUCUAAGAUGUGACACUCAGCUCAUGGUCUCCACUCCUUCCCCUUGCACAAAGCCCUCUGCAGUCACUCAGUUCCAAGGAUUUUAAGGACUCUCUGCCUGCUUUAGUGCCACUUGGGUGGAGAAGCUGGUCCUAGAUAACUCCCCCCGUAAGGAUACAUUCCAUGACCUUGCCCAGAGCAGGAGUGUCCUGCCCCUUGCAAAGCUUCCUUUGCUCAUGAAGUCAUCAAGGGCUUUUGCAGCAGACACAGCAUGAACCUCCCACACCUCUAACUGUAGCCACAUCUUCCUGGAGCUGGGGUAGAUCUGAGCCUUUCUGCAUUGCUGGGAAAAGGAAUCAAGAAUAAAAUCGUUCUU